AUGAAUUCCAAAACAAUGAGAAAAGGUACAGUGAAUUGGUCCGAACUUCCAUACGAUGUACUUGUUACGAUAGCGAAUCGUGUUACAUGUAUUGAUGAUUUCGUUGUAUUCGGUGCCGUUUGUAAAUCAUGGGGAACUGCUGCUACCAAAGAAAACUUUGAUUUUUCAUCGCCACAAGUUCCGUUGCUUAUGUUGGCUGCUGAUGAAGACAAUGAUUAUCGAGAAUUUUACUCUAUUUCCAAAGAGAAAGUUUCACACAGAGUUUUUCUCCCAGAAGCUAAAGGGAGAGUUUGUUUUUCAUCGUUCGGAUGGCUUUGUACAGUAGGAUAUAAAGGUACCAGAGAGAUGAAGUUAUUGCAACCAUUCUCACGUGCUCAAAUUCAACUUCCUCCUCGGACUAGCUUGAUAGAAUAUUUGGAAGAUGAAAGCUUAAACCUUAUUUGUCAUUCUGGCGACCUAGAAAUCUUUACUGGACCAAAAUUGAUAUUGAAGGAUGUGGUUCGCUCCAAUGAUAUCCAAUACUUCAACGGACAGUUUUAUAUGCUCACUUAUGACGGAGUUUGGGUUAUUGAUAAUCAUGAUCAACCCCGCUUGCUUCUCAAGAAAAACUCUAAUUAUGAGACUACAUAUUGUCCAUACUAUACACGGUACUAUCUAGUCGAAGGAUCAGGUGCACUAUUAAUUGUUAAGCAAUUCUGUGAAAAUGGUAAAGUAGUUGGACACAUUGCUGGCGAAUAUGAAUUUCAAGUAUGGCAACUAGAUCUAAUCGAUGGAGAAGCAAAAGAGGUUAAAAUCUUGGGAGAUGGAGCAUUAUUUUUGGGUUGUACUGCUUCAACUUCAAUUGACCCUUCUAGGUUUGUAGGCGUGAAGCCUAAUCACAUCUAUUUUACUAAUGGGAGAGAGUUAAGCCUCAACAAACACAAUGGCAAAUAUAUGAGGGCUUACAAUCUUGAAGAUGGAAAAACUACAUUUUUUAAUCAUAACACUCAUGUUAGUCCUGUUUUCCCAUCAACUUGGGUUAUCCCGUUGUUCUAA